AUGGCCGCCGCCUCCACGCAGAGCAGCGCCAGCAGCUCGGCCUCGGCCAUCAACCCUGACGAGCGCUCCCGUCUCCAGGAGAGCUUUGCGUCGCUGCCCUUCACCUCCCAUCCGUCUCGGUGGGACUCGCUCUACCGCCAGGCCUUUACGCCCUGGGACCGAGCCGGUCCCUCGCUCGCCCUGGCUGACCUCCUCGCCCAGCGCACCGACCUCGUGCCCACGGCCCAAGAACGCGACGCCCGCGGCAACCUCGUCCAGGGCGUGCCCCGGCGCACCGCACUCGUCCCUGGCUGCGGCCGCGGCCACGAUGUGCUCCUCUUGAGCUCCUUUGGCUACGACGUCUGGGGCCUCGACUACAGCCCCGACGCCGUGCGCAUGGCCGAGGAGAACAGGAAAGAUGCCGAGAGCAAGGGGCUGUACAAGCCCGUCGAGGAGGACCUGGAAAAGGGCGACAUAAAGUGGCUGGCCGGUGACUUCUUCGAUGAGAGCUGGUCCAAGGGCAUUGGCACAGACGGCUCUGGCACGUUUGAUCUCAUUUACGACUACACUUUCCUGUGCGCCCUGCCCCCGGAAGCCCGUCCUCGCUGGGCCAAGCGCAUGGCCGACCUCGUCCACCCCAAGGGUCGGCUCGUCUGCCUCGAAUUCCCAACGGGUAAGCCUCUGUCUGAGCCCGGCCCGCCGUGGGGUCUCAACCCCGAGGUGUACGAGGCUCUCCUGUCAGCUCCCGGCGAGGAGGUCUCGUAUAACCCCGACGGGACCGUGGUCCACAAGCCCAGCUCCAAGCCCUGCCAGGGCGAACUGCAUCGGCUCAGCAUCAUCAAGCCGACGCGGACACAUCGGGCGGGUACGGCUGAGGAUGGCUCAGUCAUGGAUUUCAUCUCCGUGUGGACACGGUGA